GCCAAGAGUAAAGUCAAUUGCAUAAGUCCCUUUCAAGUCACUUUCAAGUGUUUGGAGUUAACUCUAAGCAAAUACUAUAUAUGAUCGCAUGUCCCUUUCUAUAUCAAAAUGAAGCUGGCAGUGAGUUCUGAGAAAAUUAAGAUGACAUAUAGCUCGAUAUUUGCAAGAAGCUUUAGCAGGAGUGAGAAGAAGUUGGGAUAUGGAGCUACUGGAAGUUUGCUUAUGGCAUUCAGCAUCUGGAUUGUGUUCAAGCAUUAUUUGUGUCAAGUUUCAGUUUUUUGUGAUGCAGUGAAUUUGCAGAAGAUAUCAGUAGAUGCUAGUCUUGAAAUGCCUGUCGUCAGUGAUACAAAAAUCUCAGGGUAUUUAGAGGGUGAGGCAGAGGAAGUCAAGGCAACAUGCAAUUUCCUGGAAACAAGAUCAGAUUAUUGCGAGAUCACUGGCAACGUAAGAGUUCAUGGGAAAUCAUCCUCUGUCUCUAUAGCUUCAUUGCAAUCAGGCUUUCAAGCUGGCAAUUAUUCCAGGAAAAUAAGGCCUUACUCCAGAAAAGAAAACUCAGCGGCAAUGGAGCUUGUUAAGAAUUGGUCAGUGAGUUUCCUGACAGGUUAUAAUAAAACUCAUUAUUGUGAUCUCAAUCACAGUGUUCCAGCCAUUCUUUUCUCCCUUGGAGGAUUUUCAGGAAACCAUUUUCAUGAUUUUAGCGACUUGGUGGUUCCUUUGUAUUUUACUACUCAGCAAUUUAAUGGGGAAGUUCAGUUUCUUGUAACAGAUUAUAAACCCUGGUGGGUUUCCAAGUUCCGGAAAAUACUUGAAAAACUUUCAAGGUAUGAAAUUAUAGACAUCGAUAAACAAGAGAAUGUCCAUUGCUUCUCAAGUAUGAUUAUUGGACUGAAAUCUCACAAAGAGCUGAGCAUUGACCCUUCAAAAUCCCCAACUGGAGUAUCUAUGAAAGAUUUCAGAAAUUUCCUGAGAAGUACGUAUUCGUUGAACCGUAAAACAGCAAACAAAGUGCAAGAUAGAGAUCAAGAUAGAAGGCCUCGGUUAUUAAUCAUAUCAAGAAGAAAAUCGCGAGCAUUUGUGAACCUGGGUAGAAUAAGUAAAUCAGCAAGAAUCUUGGGGUAUGAAGUAGCAGUAGCAGAGGCUAAACUUUCAACAGAUUUAUCAAAAUUUGCAGCAUUAGUGAAUUCUUGUGAUGUGUUGAUGGGAGUCCAUGGAGCUGGACUGACUAACAUGGUGUUCCUUCCUGAUAACGCUGUUCUGAUUCAGAUAGUUCCAUUGGGAAAGAUCGAGCGGCUUGCUAGAGAUGACUUUGCAGAGCCUUCAAAAGAAAUGAAUAUAAGAUACUUGGAGUAUAAUAUUGGGGUGAAAGAAAGCUCUCUGAUAGAAGAAUAUCCAAUUGAUCAUGUAAUUUUUAGAGACCCAAUGAUGGUUCAUAAGCAGGGUUGGGAUGCAGUCAAGUCAAUAUACUUGGAGAGACAGAAUGUGAAGUUGGACAUGCAUAGGUUUAAACCCACAUUGUCUAAAGCUUUAGAGCUUCUUCAUCAUUAAUUAGAGCUUUGAUUUGCAUAAAUUUAUAUCGCUUCAUUUUUUCAA